ACUCCGCAUAAUUUAUUAGUCCGCGAUCCUUAACCUGCACCCUGGGUCACAGGGUCAUGGUUUCUUCUUCCUAUUUUCCUUCUUGAGUUUCGAUUUAUUAGAUCCCACUGUUACUUCUACGCAUUCCAAAAGUGGUUUCUUGUCGUUUAAAUGGUUUCCCGGCCUUGUAUGUUGUAACCGCACGAAGCUCACCUCGCAGUUGCCGGAUCAAGAAUGAAGGUUUCGGGUCGUCUUAUCGUCUGCUCCAUUUUUAUUUGCUUCAUCGCAUCUGGCUCAUUCUCCAUUGACGCCGAUUUUAAUCGAGCGUUUCCGAUAAUAGAGCCUGAUCCUGGUCACACAAAACUUCGUCUUUCAAAAGAAGGGUUGGAGGCAAUAGAAAGAAUAACAACCCCCAUUGCAGCUGUUGCUGUUAUUGGUCCAUAUCGUUCUGGAAAAUCAUUUCUUCUGAACCAGCUUCUUUCACUAUCUUGUUAUGAAGGUUUUGGAGUUGGGCAUUUGCGUGACACCAAGACCAAAGGAAUAUGGGUGUGGGGAAGCCCCAUAAUCUUGGAAAUUGAUGGAGUAAAGACUUCUGUUUUCUACCUUGACACGGAAGGUUUUGAAAGUGUUGGAAAGUCAAAUGUAUAUGACGAUAGGAUUUUUGCCCUGGCAACGGUUUUAAGCUCUGUGCUUAUUUAUAAUCUACCUGAGACGAUCCGUGAAGCGGACAUUUCUAGGUUGUCAUUUGCAGUUGAGCUUGCUGAAGAGUUCUAUGGAAGAGUCAAGGGGCAAGAUGUUGCAUUUGAACCUGCUAAGCUUGUUUGGCUAAUCCAGCGAGAUUUUCUACAAGGAAAAUCUGUGCAAGAGAUGGUUCAUGAAGCUCUCCAGCAUGUUCCUAAUACAAGUGGCAACAAAGAUAUUGAUCAGGUUAACCAGAUUCGUGAUUCUUUAGCUGUUAUGGGUGAUAGCAGCACAGCCUUCAGCUUACCACAGCCGCAUCUUCAGCGCACUAAGCUUUGUGACAUGAAUGAUACGGAACUUGAUCCCAUUUAUGUGAAGAAGAGGGACGAACUGAAAGAUGUUGUCUCGUCAAUUAUUAAACCAAAGAUUGUCCAGGGUAAAUCUCUGAAUGGAAAGGAAUUUGUGGCUUUCCUUGAACAGAUUCUUGAGGCCUUGAAUAAAGGAGAGAUUCCAACCACAGGAUCGCUUGUGGAAGUCUUCAAUAAGGGAAUCCAAGAGAGGUGUCUUAAAUUGUAUAGUGGUCAGAUGGGCAGCUUGCGUUUACCAAUGCCUGGAGAGUCCUUGCAAAAAGCUCAUGAAGAUUAUAGAGAAUCAACGAUGAGGGUUUUUGACGAGCAGCAUUUUGGUCGUCAUCAUGCUAAGAUAUCAGUUGACAAGCUAGAAGAAGAAAUCGAUAAGGUGUAUAAAAAUUUUAUUUUGGCAAACGAAUAUCAAUCCUCAAAGUUGUGUGAGGCCUUAUAUACUCGGUGUGAGGAUAAAAUGGACCACCUUCAAGUCCUCAGACUUCCAUCAAUGGCAAAAUUCAAUGCUGGAUUUCUUCAGUGCAACCAAAGUUUUGAAAAGGAAUGUGUUGGACCUUCUAAAAGAAACUAUGAACAACGAAUGAAAAAGAUGAUGGAGAAGUCCAAAUCUCUCUUCAUUAAGGAAUAUAAUCACAGACUCUUCAAUUGGCUGGUGGCUUUCUCUCUUGUCAUGGUGGUGGUUGGUCGAUUUGUUGUGAAGUUUAUUCUGGUUGAAAUUGGAGCAUGGAUACUUUUUAUUUUCUUAGAAACAUACACAAGGAUGUUUUGGUCAGCCGAGUCUCUGUAUUACAACUCCGUAUGGCAUGUAAUCGUCACAACUUGGGAAAAUGUCGUGUACAGUCCUGUCCUUGAUUUAGACAGAUGGGCAACUCCCAUUUGUGUGAUGGCAGCAUUACUUGUGGCUUACUGGAAAUGUUGUGGGAAGAGGAAACAGGGUUCGACAUGGCUGUUAUGUUAGGGGUGAACCGGGGGUCUUAUCAAGUUGAUAAUUUAGUGGCGGAUGUGCGGAGGAAAAUGCAAGGGAAAUAGUGGGCGAAAGUAUGGAGGGUGUUUUAGGAGUUCUUUUUUCCGGUAUUUUAUGGAAGAAAAUGAAUAGGAUUAAGAAGG